GCGACAUCGACAAGUGCAGGUUCGGGCCGCUACUUCAGAAGCAGGACGUCGGUGCGUGCGACGCGUCCGUCAGCACGUGCUGGUACCAGUGCAAAAACUGUUGCUCCCGGUUCGGCCCCGCCGCGGGCAGCAUGUUGUUGGGUGAUCGCAUCGGCUGCGGAAUCACCUCUCUCACAGAUAACGUAUUGUGCUACAUGAGCGCGGUGGCAGGCGUGAGCCAGACAGUGACUGUGUCGCAGCUUUCGUUGCACGACACAGUGGUCGCCCGUUUCUACGACGAGGCCCGUCGCAUCAUGGCCGCCGACGCCGUGAGGAGGCAAUCGUGCAUAUGUUUCGGCCAACUGCCUGAUGGCCAAACGUGCGAUGUGGAAGCGGACGAAUCCCAAUUCUUUAGCUGGCCCGAGGAUGACGGUUCCGGCAC